AUGUCGCCAAAAAGAAAAUUACAUCAAUUAAUCGGAACUAUUGAAAAUGCUUACCAAGGAAUCAGUAAAAGAAAAGAACUUUUUUAUUUCUUAAAUAUUGAGCAAGAAACUAUUUUGGCAACUAAACGAGAAACUAUUUAUGCUUUUUACAAUCUAACUAAAGUUGCUUUAAGGAAAUUAGAUCAAUUAAAUAAAGCCAAAAGUUUGUUCGAUUUAACUUCUCCUCCUCGCAAUUGUUUAGAAACUUUACGCGGAGCAUGA